UCCCCGUUGACUCCAUUGCGUUUUUCCCGCAACAAACAAGUUUGGAAGAAGACUAAACGGCGGGGAUUUUUUACAGCCAAAAUGCCGAAACGUGCUUGUCCUUUCCCGCAGACCUUCUCCUCCCAGUAUAAAAUGCAUAUUGGACAACAGGAGCUGAAUAACUACGGCAUUUUUGGGAACAAAUACAAGCUAGAAAUCUAUGAAAAGACAAAGAACUUGCUCUUCAACGGUGCCAAGGCUGUGAGGGGUAAAAUAUGGACAGGAGAGGAGAGGUGCCCCGACCCUCAGCCCUCUGGACCAGCCGACAGUCCUGCAUGCAGUCAGGCACUGCUGAGAGGACAGACACUGAUCGGACAUGACGGGAGACUGACGAGAGUAAGCAGUGCACAAGGACCGGCAGUGGCUCCGACAGGCUGCUGUGUGUGUCAGAAGAUCCAGGGGUCCAGGACACCUUGCUCCCAGUGUGACCGUCUAGCCUGCUCCUCCUGUACCCGACAGUGCUCCAGCUGCUCCGGCCUCUGCUGCUCGGUCUGCAGCAUCACAGAUUACAGCGGGCAGUAUGAUGAAGUACUGUGCUGCAGCUGCUCGACGUAAAAGGAAGUCCAAAGGAAAACGGGAGGUUGUGUGAACGUGUAGUUGCCUCACAUGAGAUAUUUCUAAGACUGCAUUUUACACCUGAGAUUUUUUUUUUUUUAAAUAUGAUCUAAAUGUUUUGUGUGUGUGUGUGUGUGUACAUAUGUAUGUAUUGCAUUCCAAAAUGAACUGAAAUAAACUUGAACACUUUUGUAUACAGUUAA